AUGAUCAAUGCACGUAAGCAGAGAGUGUUGGCGAUUGCUGCACUAUGUUUUCUGAUUAUUCUCCUUGUGACUGUGACUGGGUCUGGUGAGAAGAAGCCCCAAGUGCUUGCUGGUGAGCGGUCGUACUCUCCUACACCAGGGAACAAUAAACAUGCUCAGGCUGGAGGCAACGUGAACGAGCUUGUUCGCGACAAAUCCGGGGUCAUUGACGAGUCGAAGGUCAAACAGGCCGAGGAACAUUCAAACGUCAAGCCACCAACCAUGGCUCCCGGCGGCGACACCGGCAAGGUCAAGAUCAACGCAGACACGUCCAAGAAAUCAGGAUCAAGUAAGGAGCACCUGGCAAUCAAGGAGCAGAAUGUUGCACAGGAACUCAAGGACUUGAAGGAGACAAAGGACUUCUCCAGUGCAAAAGGAUCGAAGGACGUGGAGGCCAAGAAGCCAGCAAAGGACACCGGUGCCGUGUUCGACCCUGCCAAGGAAUUCAAAGAAGUGCUAGCACUGUCACCGUUUGUGAUCUUUUCCAAGUCAUUCUGCCCUUAUUCAAAGAAACUAAAGGACCUUUUGCACUCCAGCUACAGUAUUACUCCACAGCCGGCGAUCGUGGAGCUCGAUCACCACGAACACGGCAAGGAGUUCCAGGCAUACUUGGGUGAGGUGUCCGGCAGAAAGACCGUACCAAACCUUUUUGUCAACGGUGUGAGCCGCGGCGGCUGCGACGAAAUGGUUGCACUCCAUGCAAGCAACGAACUACUCGAACAUCUGGUUUCCUGGGGAGGCCUCAAUGUGAAGGUGGAAAAGAUCAAUAAACCAUCAAACUCAUAA